AAUAAGGUGGAGACAUUUUCCACUUACCAUUUACCAACUGUGACACUGGACACUCGUUAAGUGCUUUUAAGGAGGAGGGAAGUCUUGUGUCUUCUCUGUAAUUCAACAGUUUUGACUCAUGCAGUAAACAGAAGAGCUGCUGAAGACCUGAUACACCUCUGCCCCGGGUUCAGGCAGACGACAUGAGGAGGUUGCCGGUUCGAUUCCUGCUCUGUGCUUGCAUCUGGGAGCUCUGCUUUGGCACAGAACCUCCACGAGCACUAGAAGUGGAUGUUUUGAAUUUGAACAAAGAGUCAAAAUGGACAUCGAAUCCUGCAUCGGAGUUUAAUAAGAUCACUAUGCCUAGAGGCACAGGUCUCAUGCUCCAGGCCUGUGGCUCUCCCCACACUAGGAGUGCCCUCAGUGCGUGGACAGAGCGCGGAGAUGCUGCACAUCUGUAUCUGGACAUCACCUUCGCCCUGUCAGCGUCUGGUGAGCCUGUCCCACUGAAGAUCCAUCUGCUGGACUCCAGCUUCCCCAGCACACAAAUAUCAGCGCGCUGGUCAGUACUGGAGCUCAAUGUGUCCCGGCGGUUUCCAGCUAUCAUCGACCCGAAAAAGCUGUCCCCGUUCUUCCUCACCCGCAAAGCCCUGUCUCUGGGCCCUGUCAGGAGAACAGGCUUCCAACUGGGCCUGUCCUACAGAGGUGCCUGUGUGCUAGUUUCCUCCAUCAGGGUCUUCUACAAGAAGUGUCCAGACAGUGUGCUGGCCCUCAGCUCCUUCUCUGCAGCCACUGGAGGCUCGGGGCCAGUGAGGGGCUCCUGUGUGCAGGGGGCAGUGGAAGGGGAGGGCCCACCUGAGAGAAACUGCAGUGUGGAAGGAGUGUGGGGGCCACAGCAGGGACAGUGUGUCUGUGGACCAGGGCACCAGCCUAUGUCUGAUCACUGCCAAGCCUGUGACAUAGGGUUCUACAAAUGGGCCAAUCAGAGUGGAGGAUGUCAGAAGUGCCCUCUACACAGUCACACUCUCAAGGUGGGCUCGGACUCGUGUGAGUGUGUGCCGGGCUUCAGCCGCCUGCCGUCUCACCCCUAUGACCUGGGCUGUGCGAAGCCACCCUCAGCUCCUUUGAAUGUGACGGCCCAUCACUAUAAUGACUCUAUGCUGGUUCUUAUGUGGGACCCUCCUCUUGACCGUGGGGGUAGGCUGAACGUGUCCUACCAUGUCCGCUGUGAGACACGUGGACAACAUGGCAGCCAGUGGAAGACAUGUGAUGGAGUGCUUUUUCUGCUUGACUCCCUGACCACUACAUCUGUGAACCUCUCUGGGAUUAACGCCUAUCAGGACUACAAACUGUCAGUGGAGGCCUGGAACGACAUAUCCUCCCUGCAGGGGGCGCCGCUCUCCUCCACUGCCACUGUAACGAUUCAGAGAUGGAGAGCGCCCCCGGUAGUAACACCAGUAAACGCCCCCCGCACCAAAGUGCAGGUCCAGGAGAAGAGGAACCUGUUCUUGUGGGUCUUUUUGGGGGUCAUGUUUGGAGUCCUGCUUCUUUUGGCUGUCAUCCCCAUCACAGUGUGUAUCUUCCAACGCAAAUACUCCGAACUCAGACCGGAACAGGAUGUGGAACUGACCCCCUUAAAUCCUAGGAUCUCAUACAGACGUCCAGAACAGGCUUCUGUUCUGGAUGUCUGUAUGAGACCAGAAACGGCUCAAGACGAGAGUGUGCUGGGGUUGCUGGAGGGGCUUGGGGAGAGACUGGCCACUUCACUGAAAGAGGUCCUGGUGGAGAGGCGUCUUCUCACUUUGGGCAAGGAACUAGGCAAAGGAGAGUUUGGGUCAGUCUACGAGGCAGUCUUUACUCCAGAGGAAAAUGUGAGCAUGAAAGUUGCAGUGAAAACCAUGAGAGUUGGAUUUCAUAGCCAGGAAGACCUACAUGGGUUUCUGAGAGAGGCUGAGAUUAUGAAGAGCUUCAAUCAUGACAAUGUGGUGCGACUACUUGGGGUGACUCUUCAGAGGGAGGAGGACAGCUCGGUGCCUGUCCCCCUGGUCAUUCUGCCCUAUAUGAAACACGGGGACCUCCGUCGCUUCCUCAUUGCUACACGCUAUGGAGACAUCCCCAUGUUUGUGCCGUACCAGACUCUUCUGCGCUUCAUGGUGGACAUUGCUGAGGGGAUGGACUAUCUCAGCUCACAGGGUUUUCUACACAGAGACCUGGCAGCUCGCAACUGCAUGUUAGGCGAUGACCUCAAGGUGUGUGUGGCAGAUUUUGGACUUUCCAAAAAAAUCUGUGACAGCAAUUAUUAUCGUCAGAAAGAUGCCAUCCGAGUGCCGAUUAAAUGGAUGGCCAUAGAGAGUCUGUCUGAGUCUGUUUAUACCACAAAAAGUGAUGUAUGGUCGUUUGGGAUCACCAUGUGGGAGAUAGUGUCCCGUGGGAGAACACCGUACCCUGGAGUCCAUAACUACGAGCUACUGGACCUGCUGCUGACUGGAUACAGACUCAAAGCUCCAGACGACUGCGACCACAAACUGUGGGAGGUGAUGUAUAGCUGCUGGGAGAAGGAGCCCACUCAGAGGCCCUGCUUCAGAGAACUUGUUGACACACUCAAAGCACUUCUGUCAGAACUGCCUGUUCUGGAGGCCUGUCAGGAGGCCACCUACAUAAACCAGGGCCUGGAGGCUGCUGCUGUGGCCGACUUCACUCCACUCAGUGAUUAUGAAGAACACACCAAGGGGAACGUGUACCUGGCUGCACCUGUAGCAACUGCUGCCGCUCUAUCACAAGAGGAAGAUGUGGAAAUUGACAGUGGAUACCUCAAGUGUUUAUCUCUUACUGUAUCAGAGCCAGAGGUCUAAAAUAAAAGUGCUAAUGUUUUGGACAAUGCAGUUUGUAUAUAGAUUAUUGAUUGGGUAUUCAUCUAUAAAUGAUGAAUUACUGCUGUAUUAUUUCUAUUAUUAUGUUUCAUUGUUGCUGCCAAAAAAUGUAUUUCCUUCGGGAUAAGUAAAGAAUUUUCUAUCUAUAUAUCUAUCUAAAGCCUAUGUGUGAAAAGUUUUCUACUUUUAUAUAAAGCCUAUUUUAAAAUA